GGUCCACAUCACAGAGGAGGAUGCUGUGGAUGAUGAGGAGUGUGAAAGUCCAGCAGGAAGUCCAGAGGAUCCUCCCAGCUUCUCCCGGGUCAUCUACAUCACAGGAGAUAAGCAGGAGCUUUUGAGUAGCACGGACGAGGAAACCUAUCUUCCUGAUGAGCCAAUUAUUUUAAUACCAGGGAGUUCCUGGCAAGAUGUCCAUAGAAAUGAUCUCUGCUCUCUGUUAGACGUGGCAGGGUACACAAACUGUUACCUUCCACCACAGUAUGAAGGCAAAGGCUCCCCGUCACAUGAGACAGAAGGAGAGGGAGAAAUGGAGGAGAAGUCUGAAAUGGACUUGAAAACCCAAACAGAGACCUUGCCUCCCCCCUCAGGCCCGAGUGGUCUGGUCAUCUUUGGACGCCUGGUGCAAAAACACAGCUAUGUCAGCGCACUCAUUAUCAUGAUGGUGUGGAGUAUCACCUACAACAGCUGGCUGACCUUCGCCCUGCUGGUGUGGUCCUGUAUUAUCUGGAUGAUGCGGGACCGCCGGCGCUACGCCAUGCUGUCGGCGCCCUUCCUGGCGGUAUACGGCACCGCACUGCUGCUUCUGGGCUUCCUCAGCGGCCUGCGGCUCAGCCGGGCCGAGCUGUACCCCGGCCUGCCGAAGGCCGUCAUCACCGACUUCGACCUGAACAGCUACCAUCCUGCGCCCUGUGUCCACCUGGGAGCAAAGGUCUUCUACAGUUUCAGCUUCUGGUUGAUGUUUCGUCAGCAGCUAAAGGAGAGACAGGAGGAGCAGAGCUUAAAGGCCGAAUCUCUUGAUCAAGUCGUGUCAGAGGAGGAAAGUCCGCCAUCACCUCUGGCAGUGAUGCUGAUCUCAGGAGUGAAAGGGACACUGGUGAAAUACUGGAUCCUCUUCUGCUGCUCCAUGUUCUUUGUGAUCAGCUUCUCUGGAAAGGUGGUUGUCUACAAGAUCCUCUACAUUGUCCUCUUCCUCUUCUGUGUUGUCCUCUACCAUAUCCGUUACGACGUGUGGCGGCGGGUGCUGAAGACGUUCUGGGCGGUGGUGGUCGGGUACUCCAUGGUGGUGUUGAUCGCCAUCUACAUGUACCAGUUCAGAAGCGUGUCCGGGCUGUUCAAACAGAUCAUGGGCAUGUCUGAGGAAGGUCUUCGUGACAUUGGUUUGGAGCGUUACGACACAGUGGAGCUGUUUGCACGUAUCCUGCUUCCUGCUGUGUUCCUAUUGGCCUGUAUACUCCAGCUGCACUACUUCAACUCAGACUUCCUGACUCUCACUGACCUCGACAACGUCCCCAUCAGAGAGGCUCCCAGAGAAGAAGAGCUCAGGAUUUCAAUGAAUGUGAUAUCUGAGAUCAUCAAAGAAAACAUUGAAAAGAUCCAGAAAAGACUUGUGAAGGAGCAAAUGGGAAAUGGGAAGAGUCAGGAGACUUUGGACAGCGUUGGAUUACAAACCUCCUCAGAGAAAGGAGCGGAGGAUCAGGAAGAGAAGACAGAGGAGGAAGCUGUCCCCAGCAGUCUGGAGGAUAAGUGGAUUGUGAUCGUGGACCGGGCGAGCCUGCUGCUCAUUCAGGCUCUGUCAAGACUCCAGAAGCUGCAGGAGCAGAGCUGGAGGCUGCUGGAGCUCCACAGCCUCAAAAUCGUGUCCUCCGGCAUCAUCUGGGUGUCACUGCAAGAGGUUUCUCUGAUGAACUCACUCUUCCUGGUUCUGUGGGUGUUUGCGCUCCCGUUCUCAAGGUUACGACCUGCGGCCUCCAGCAUCUCAGCGGUGUGGGCCUGCGUCAUGGUGGUGUGCAAGAUGUUUUACCAGCUCAAAGUCAUAAAACCGCUCGAUUACUCCUCUAACUGCACAGUUGGGCUGGUGCCGUCCAACAGCUCGGGCCUGGAUGACGGGGCGAAGCUGAGGGGGAACAUGGUGGAGCUGCUCACCAGGUCUAUUCUCUACAUCGAGCCUGUGGACCCAGUGUACUGGUGCGGAGCGCUGCUCAAAUGUGAGGGCAGGAUCCUCCCCUGUCUCAGGAACCACCUGAUGGUGCUCGGGCUGCUGGUGUUCGAGGCAACCGUCCAUCGGCACCAACUCUACUUCCGUCUCCAUAACAACCUGAAGACCCCGUCCUUCAGCAUCAUCUUCCAGGGCAUCACGAGGCAGCACCUUGAUCACGGCGUCCUGCCCUGCAUCAAGUACUUCAUCAACUUCUUCUACUACAAAUUUGGAUUGGAGAUCAGUUUAAUCGUGGCGGUCAAUGUGAUUGGUCAGAGGAUGGAUUUCUAUGCCCUGCUGCAUUCCUGCGCUCUAUUGGCUGUUGUGUCUCGGAGACGCAGGAAGGCCAUCGGGGAGGUGUGGCCUAAAUACUGCUGCUUCACUGCGGGGCUCAUGGUGCUGCAGUACCUGCUCUGCAUCGGCAUCCCUCCUGCCGUCUGUGUUGAUUACCCCUGGAGAACGGCACUUAGACCUCUCACCUCAAAUAUUAUCAAGUGGUUUUACCUGCCGGACUUCGCCAUGAGCCCCGAUCCUUUAUUCAUAUUCUACGACCACCUCCUGCUGCUCUGCUCCUCUCUGCAGUGGCAGGUGUUUGAGGAGGAGAACCGAGCGGCUGUGAGACUGCUGGCUGGAGACAACGUGGAGAUCAGUCGUAGUCUGGACUCUUCUUCCUGCAACUCCUUCAUCCCUGUCGAUAACUUCCUUCACUGCAGGUGCUACCUCGACAUGGCCAAAGUGUUUGUGUUCAGCUAUUUCUUCUGGCUGGUGCUGUGCCUCAUCUUCAUCACCGGCACCACGCGGAUCAACAUCUUCUGCCUGGGCUACCUGGUGGCCUGUUUCUACUUCAUGCUGUUUGGAGGCAGCGUGUUGCUGCAGCCGGUCAGAUACAUCCUGCGCCUGUGGGACUGGCUCAUCGGAUACACCUGCUUCGUCAUCGCCAUGAAGAACCUGCUGUCUCUGGGGUCUUGUGCCUACCUGGACAGCCUGUUGAAGAGCAGCUGCUGGUUUAUUCAGGCCUUCAGCCUGUUCUGCACCAUCAAAGGCUACGACGUCCCUGCUCCUGACGAUGGGUGCGAGCUGCCGGAGGGUGAGGCCGGCAUCGUCUGGGACGCCAUCUGUUUCACGGUCCUGCUGGCUCAGAGGAGGGUCUUCCUCAGCUACUACUUCCUCUACGUGGUGUCGGAUCUCAAGUCCUCCAAGAUCCUGGCCUCCAGGGGCGCUGAGCUGUUUGAGGCCAGAGUGAAGAAGGAGGUAGCAGCCAGGCUGGAGAUGGAGAAGAAGUCUAUGCAGACACUGAAGAAACAGAUGGAGAAGAUCAAAUCUAAACAGAAGGGUGGACCAGCAGACAAACCAGCUCUUCCUGCUGAUCAGGAGCAGGUUACACUGGCUGACGAUGAGAAGGCUAAGAAAGACGUCGGAAAAUGGUGGAAGCCCUGGGUGUCUCAGCCUGGAGUGGAAAACAACUGUGGCUACCACCUGUUUGAGAGUGACAGUGAGGAGGAAGAGGAGGACGUUACAGAGAAGAAUGAAGAGAAACCACCACCGAAGAAGAAAUCUGCUUUCCAGUUGGCGUACGACGCCUGGGUCAACAGCUCUAAGUCGGCUCUUAAGGACCUGAAGAAGGAGAAAAAAAAGAUAAAGAAAGAGGAGAAGAAGAGAGCAAAGAGAGAGCUGCAGAGACAGCAAGGCAUUGAAAGAGCAGACUCUAGUGAGGAUGACCUGGAUGAAAGCGUUAUGGAGGAAGAGGGAGAGGAGGAAAAAGAAAACAUCCUGCAGCGUGUCGUCAGCACCCUGAAGUUCGGUGUUGUGUUUGUGAAGUCUCUUCUGGACGACCUGACGCAGGGCCUGAACUCCUUCUGCAAAGAAGGCCUGGACAUUUCCAAGGUGCUGCGCUUCGAGCGUGCGUUACUCAACCAGCAGCAGAAGAAGGGUAAAGAGGUGAGCCAGAAGAUCGUGAAGCAGUUUUAUGAAAACUGGAUAUCCCGUCAGAACACGCUUUCUUCCCAAGACGACCUGGAUGACUACCUGCCUUCCCCCUCCUCCCCGCCUGACGUCCCCUCCUCACCCCACGCCUAUGCUAAGCUGAAGAACCAAGCCUCCAAACUGUCCUGGGGCAGCAGCGUCUCCAGCUGUAUGACGGACGAGACGCUGCUCGGCUCCCGGCAGCCGACCCAGGAGGAGCUGGACGACCCCCCCGCUGUGUCUCCUGCUGCUGACCAGCUCAGACGCAGGCUCCUGAGGACAGCCAACAUCGACCUGACCACCUUUGAGACUGUUGAACUUUCACCAAGUUGUGAAGAUGGCGCCCCUAAAAUAGAAGGGCACAAACAAGACGAGGAAGAUGAGGAAGAAAUGGAGGCUGAGACAAGACGUGAGCGAGAACAAGAAGAGAUGGAGGAAGAGGAGGAAGAGGGACCACGAGAGGUGGACCAUGAGGUGGAGGGAGAAGAGCUGAACGAGAAAACGUCUCUGAGAGAAGUAUAUGAAUGCGCAGAUUACCCAGAGUGCACCUCGCUGAGUUUAAGGGAGAGUGAUGGAGAGAAGAGCAUCAACCUCCUGGGAUCCCCCCGACCUCUGAGUGAAACCAGGAACCUCACCGCCAGCGAGCUGCUGCUCAACAAUAUGUUUGAGAAUGAUGAGAUCUCAGAGUCGGAUAAGUUUUUCGUGACGUUGCCGCGGCCGCUGAAGCUGCUGUUCGCCCUCUACAACACCAUGGUGUCCAAGUCAGAGAUACUGUGCUACUUUGUCAUCAUCCUGAACCACAUCGUGACGGCGUCCUUCCUCUCGCUCAUCCUGCCCAUCCUCAUCUUCCUCUGGGCCAUGCUGUCCGUGCCCCGGCCCACCAAGCGCUUCUGGAUGACCGCCAUCAUCUACACCGAGCUGACUGUUGUGGUGAAGUACUUCUUCCAGUUUGGUUUCUUUCCCUGGACCACCUCUGCAUACCGAGGCAUUAACGCAGAGCGGCCCUUCGCCCUGCCCAACAUCAUCGGGGUGGAGAAGAAAGACGGCUACGUCCUCUUCGACCUCAUCCAGCUGCUCGCUCUGUUCUUCCACCGCUCCAUUCUCAAGUGCCACGGGCUGUGGGACAACAAAGAGGUGGAGAUGCCAGAUUUUUUCAAGAAGAUGAAGAAGAAAGUGGACAGGAAGAAGAUGACAGGAGGAGAUAAGACGGGCAGCAGUGAUAGAUCUAAACGCCGGCUGAAGUUCCUCCCUAUCCAGGCCUCCACCACCUCCCUGUUCUGCAGACGGAGGAAAGGCGACUCAGCAGAAUCUGAUGAGGGGAAGCCGAAGAAGCAGCGGAGCAUGAAGAAGAGAGGACAGCGAAACAAGAUUCCUCUGACCAGGAAGCAGAGGAUCCGACAGCAGAUCAAAGAGAGGAUGCUGCAGGCCAAAGCUGCCAUCAUAGAAGUCGCCCUUCACAUUUACUUACCCAUAAGACAGUUCUUCUAUGACAUCAUCCACCCAGACUACAGUCCUGUGUGUGACGUCUACGCUCUCAUGUUCCUCAUCGAUGUAGUCAACUUCAUCGUCACGAUAUAUGGAUACUCGGCUUUUGGAAAAUAUUCUUCAGCGGCCGACAUCUCAGAGUCUCUGUCGGAGGACCAGGUGCCAGAGGCCUUCCUGGUCAUGCUGCUCAUGCAGUUCGGCACCAUGAUAGUGGACCGGGCCCUCUACCUGAAGAAGUCCCUGCUGGGAAAGUGUGUUUUCCAGGUGGUGCUGGUGUUCGGCAUACACUUCUGGAUGUUCUUCAUCCUCCCGGGCGUCACUGAGAGGAGGUUCAACAGGAACUCUAUUGCUCAGCUCUGGUACUUUGUGAAGUGUAUCUACUUCGGCCUGUCUGCCUACCAGAUCAAAUGUGGCUACCCAAACCAGAUCCUGGGCAACUUCCUCACCAAAAACUACAACUACCUGAACCUCUUCCUCUUCCAGGGGUUCCGUUUGGUUCCCUUCCUGACAGAGCUGAGGGCCGUGAUGGACUGGGUCUGGACCGACACCACUCUGUCCCUCUCCAGCUGGAUCUGUGUUGAAGACAUCUAUGCAAACAUUUUCAUCCUCAAGUGCUGGAGGGAGUCCGAGAAAAAAUACCCCCACACUCCGGGUCAGAAGAAGAAGAAGGUGGUGAAAUACGGGAUGGGAGGAUUCAUCAUCUUCGCUCUCAUCAGCAUCAUCUGGUUCCCGCUCCUCUUCAUGUCGCUGGUCCAGUCGGCAGCCGGAGUGAACAACCCCCCGGUGGAGGUCUCCAUCCAGCUCAGCAUCGCAGGAUACGAGCCUCUGUUCACCAUGACCGCCCAGGAGCAGAACUUGGUUCCGUACACAGAAGCUGGAUUCAACCGACUCACCAAAGUCUACGCAACCCAUCCAUCGGCGAUGCAGUUCAUAAUGAACUACGGUGCAGACGACAUCAUCGUGGCUAAGAUCAAGAGCGAUGCCAGUCUGCUGUGGAGCAUCAGCCCGGCCAGUCGAGCCGCCAUGAUACAGGAGCUCAGCAACUCCACUCACGUAUACAUGACCUUACGCUGGUCGCUGCUCAGGAACACGUCCAUCUCAAUGGUUGUAGAGACGGUGGGAGAACACACUGUGAAGUUUGAGGACCAAGCUUUGAGAGAAGGGAUCAUCCACAUGCUCCAAGGCAACAGCAGCAGCAAACCUGUGCUCAUUCAUUCUCUGCUGCCGAAGUUCAUCAGAGGUAACAGAGGAGCCGAGUCCAAAAUGGCAAAAAGCAUGAAAGUGGGGUACUCGGAGCGCCCGGAGGUGCAGGCGCUGUCCUUCUUCAGACCCAUGUCAGUGAAGCUGGAGCAGGUGGACUCAGGCUCAGAGAAAGGGGCUGACCAGUGGUGGGUGGUGGAGGAAUGCUCCCCCGUCGUCGCAUACUCCCACCACAAGUGCCACAGCAUAGAGAUCGUGGUGAUCAGCGAUAAAGUCAGCCCCUCCAGUCUGGGCUUUCUGGCCGGACACGGCAUCGUGGGUCUGUACAUGUCGGUGGUGCUGGUCGUUGGAAAGUUUGUCAGGGAGUUCUUCAACGGGAUCUCCAGGUCCAUCAUGUUUGAGGAGCUGCCGUAUGUGGACCGGGUCCUGAAGCUCUGCACGGACAUCUUCGUUGUCCGGGAGACGGGAGAGAUGGAGCUGGAGGAGACGCUGUUUGAGAAACUCAUCUUCCUCUACCGAUCGCCGGAAACCAUGAUCAAGAUGACCAGAGAAAAGAAAGACAGCUAGGGUCACGCCUGCACACCCAUCACUCAAAAUGGAUGUAUUAGAGCAAAUAACCGUUGGUGCAGUAAUGUCCUUUAUUUGUAUUAAAAUGAGCAGCAGGUGGAACCUGUGAUAAAUGAUCCAGUUGUAAUCAAUCUGCUGAAUAUCUGAGCGAGA